CAACUUAAAGCUGCUAGAGCCAAGAAGCGUAAGCAUACAUUCGAUAUUACAAAUAUAUCAGAUUAUGAAAAUCUGGAUGACCAUAUUUGGUCAGAUAAGGAUAUUGAUGAGAGGGCUUCCAAUUACUUUGCUGUUUUAUUAACGGCUGGUAAAAAUAUAAAUAUCUGGAAACCUUCAGGUAGGCCUUCAAUAUACUUUGGAGGUUCUAAAAGAACCCAAAGAUGCAAAAAAGCAGAGCUAAAGAAGGCUGCACAAAACAAUCGAUCUAUUACUGCAUAUCUAGCCCCUGCCUUAGCAUCUAACAUUGCCUCAGCUUCGACUUUGAUAGGAAUGGAAUCAAUAGAUGUGGAAUCAACGGAGGUGGAAUCAAUAGAGGUGGAAUCAGUAGAGACAGAAUCAAUGGAGGGGGAAUCAAUAGAGGUGGAAUCAUUGGAGGUGGAAUCAUUGGAGGUGGAUGAAAAAACAAAAAUGAGGUUAGCAAUCGAGGAGUUAGAUGGGAUGUUAAAAAAUGAUAAAAAUCAAAUGGAUAAGGGUAUAAGAGUUCGCUUGCAAGCAUCAUUACAAUAUUUAUGGGUAAGAUACCAGGGUCAAAAUAGAAUAAAUUCAAGCACAACAAUUGCUAGUUCUUUAGAAUGGGGAGACUAUAAAGCACGAUGUAUUGGCGCAUGGGCACAAAAUUGGAUAAAUUGGCAAAAACUUCCAAGAGAUAAUCGUGGUAAAUUCACUAAAGUGUUGGGCCUUCUUGAUGAUGAGAGAAUAUCUAUAAAGGAAUUGGAGUCCGUUAUUCUUGAAUAUAAUGACAAAGAUCUUACUAAACUUGUGGAGAAGAAUAUUUCUCCUGAAAAAAAGUGA